AUGAGGAAGGAGAUGGACGAGUUGAGGAAUGCCAUCAAGGAAAAAACGGACCGGAGCAUAGAUAGUAUGGUAAGGGCCAUGGAUUCACCUUUCACUAUAGCAGUCCUCGAAUGCCCAGUGCCGUCAAAAUUUCGUCUACCUCAACUUGAGCAGUUCGACGGGCUCAAUGACCCUCAGGAUCACCUUAAUACCUUCAAAACGAUGCUAGGCCUUCAACAGCCCCCUGAUGAGAUACUGUGUUGUUCCUUUCCCACCACUCUCAAGGGAGCUGCAAGGGAAUGGUUCACAAAGUUGCCAACAUCGUCCAUCGACAACUUCGAGCAGUUGAGCAACGCCUUCUUGCGUCACUUUAUUGGGGGGCAGCGUCCUAAGAGACCAACGGACCACUUACUCUCCAUUAGGCAGGGAGAAAAGGAAACCCUGAGGUCAUACGUGAAACGCUUUACUCCGGAGACCUUGGAGGUAGACGAAGCUGAUGACAAAGUACAACUGACGACCUUCAAAGCGGGACUGAGAUCCAGAGAUCUCGUGGCUUCACUCGCGAAGAAUCCUCCAAAGACGAUGGCAGAGAUGCUCCUAAAAGCACAGAAGUACAUGAAUGCUGAAAACGCUUUAGCAGCCAUAAGGGAUGUAGAGAAGCCUAGAGAAAAAGGAAGGAAGGAUGACAAGCGUAGGGGACAAAAGAGGGAGCGUCCAGAUCGUCGGAACAAUGACAGGAACAGAAGAAAAGAAGAUAAAGGUCCUCGGACGGUAAAAUUUACCCCUCUAGUUAUUCCUGUUGACAAAAUUUUAAUGCAAAUUAAGGAUGAGCACUACCUCAAAUGGCUGAGACCAUUACACUCAUCCCCUAACGUCCGUGAUAAGAAUAAGUACUGUCGAUUUCACCAAGAUCAUGGCCACAACACAAAAGAUUGUAGGGACCUAAAGGAGCAAAUAGAAGAGUUGAUACGGAAAGGAAAACUACAAAAAUAUGUGAAGAAGGGGGGAUAUAGUAAGUUCAAAGACGGCAAUAAAAGCCAGUAUAAGUCCUCUUCCAGGAGUGGCGAUCGUCCGUUCCAACCUCCACAGGAUGUGAUCGGGGAGAUAAAGACGAUUACAGGAGGACCCUUCACAAGAGGGUCAUUCAAAUCCCUCAAGAAAGCAUGCCAAAGACAGGUGAAUAGUGUCCACAUGAUACCUCCGUUUAAGCAGAAAUGGACGGACCAGGAUAUGUCCUUCAAUGAAGUGGAUGCCAGGGGAGUGAAGCAGCCUCACAAUGACUCUUUGGUUAUAAUGCUGACUAUAGAAGGAUUCAACACCAAAAGGAUCCUCGUGGACAACAGUAGCUCUGCAGACAUUAUCUACCUCUCUGCUUUCCAGCAGCUGAAGCUAGAUCUAAGGAGACUGCGCUUAUUUGACUCCCCCCUUGUCAGUUUCAGUGGAGACAAGGUAUAUCCCAAGGGCAUAGUGAUGUUAACAAUAACGGUGGGGACCUACCCGAUGCAGUUGACCCAUCAAUUGGACUUCCUAGUGGUAGAUUGCCCCUCAUCUUACAAUGUAAUCAUUAGGAGGCCCACGCUCAACAAAUGGAAAGCAGCCACGUCCACCUAUUACCUGAAGGUAAAAUUCCCAACAGAUAACGGUAUCGGUGAAGUAAAAGGAGAUCAAGUCUUAGCCAGAGAGUGUUACCAGGCCAUCUUGGCUGCAAAGGAGAACCACACAUGGAUGAUUGAAGAGAAGGAAGAAGAUAAAAUGGAAGCCCUGGAAACAGUGGAAUUGGCCGAAGGAGAGGCAACCAAGACGACAAAGAUAGGGACGACGCUAAGCCCUGAGAUGAGAACAAGGCUCAUCCAGUUCCUUAAAGAAAACCUAGAUGUCUUUGCAUGA